CGCCAACACGACCGCAAAUCCGCAACGCCUCCCCAGGACUGGUCCCCCACUCGGGCGCUCCCCAGUCCUCGCUGCCGCUGGGUGCCGCCGCCGCUGCGACUGCGAGCGAAGCGAGGCCAUGGAGCAAUCCGCGCAGAUUCCCCGCGUCAGGCUCGGCACCCAGGGAUUGGAGGUGUCGAAGCUGGGGUUCGGGUGCAUGGGGCUGACGGGCGCCUACAACUCCCCGCUCGACGACGACGCCGGCGUCGCCGUCAUCGCCCACGCCUUCCGCCGCGGGGUCACCUUCUUCGACACCUCCGACGUCUACGGGCCCCUCACCAACGAGAUACUCCUCGGCAAGGCGCUGAAGCAGCUGCCGCGGGAGCAGGUGCAGGUGGCCACCAAGUUCGGGAUACGACGGGACGAGAGCGGGGCGCGGACCGUGUGCGGCCGGCCGGAGUAUGUGCGCGCCUGCUGCGAGGCCAGCCUGCACCGCCUCGGCGUGGACUACAUCGACCUCUACUACCAGCACCGCGUCGACUGCACCAUACCCAUCGAAGACACGAUUGGUGAGCUCAAGAAAUUGGUGGAGGAAGGGAAGGUCAGGUACAUUGGGUUGUCGGAGGCGAGCCCUGACACAAUUAGGCGUGCGCACGCUGUGCACCCAAUCUCCGCGGUGCAGAUGGAGUGGUCUCUCUGGUCUCGCGACAUAGAGCCCGAGAUAGUGCCGCUCUGCAGAGAAUUUGGCAUCGGAAUUGUUCCAUACAGUCCAAUCGGGCGAGGGUUUUUUGGCGGAAGAGGAGUUACAGAACAAGUAUCUGCUGAAUCCAACCUGCAAGGGCAUCCUAGGUUCGUAGCAGAAAAUAUGGAGAAGAACAAGCAAAUUUAUCUGAAAAUGGAAGACCUGGCAAAGAAGCACCAGUGUAGCCCUAUUCAGUUAGCUUUAGCUUGGGUUCUGCAUCAAGGGAAUGAUGUGGUUCCUAUACCAGGGACAACUAAAAUCAAGAAUCUAGAUGCCAACAUUGAUUCCUUGAAGGUGAAGCUGACAGAUGAGGAUCUGAAAGAAAUUACCAGCCAGAUACGCGAAGAAGAUGUGGCUGGUGGAAGACAAUACACUUCCUUUGCACAUACCACCUGGAAGUAUGCAGAUACACCAAAGAAAUAGAACUCUGAAAACUUCCUAGCAACAGGAAGCCUAUGCAACAGCUGUACCAUUCUCCUUGCAUUUGUGCUAAAUCAGGUGGCCUAUGUAUCUUGUGAAAUACUCUGUGCUAAACAAUGUAGGACUAAGAAUAAUAAGUGUUGUUUGAUUGGUGAUUAUGAGCAAAACGGUUGGUUU